AUGUUAAUGGCUGGCGCAGUGCCUGGUAUAUACGAAGCACCAAUAAAUGUUCGUUUUUCUUUCAAGUCGCAACCUUGGGAGCCAUCUUCUUGGCCACCCGCUGCCUCCGGGACCAGCCAACACCCAAUUUUGAGCUUAGCUCCUCAUCACCAAUCAACCGCGAACUCCCAGAUUUGCCAGAACUAUUCCACGGAGGGGGACGGCGCUGUCAACCGCUUGGUCAACAUGCAUCUGCGGGCCUCCUACACCUACCUCUCUCUGGGCUUCUAUUUCGACCGUGACGAUGUGGCUCUGGAAGGUGUGGGCCACUUCUUCCUUGAGCCGGCUGAGGAGAAGCUCGAGGGUGCCCAGUGUCUCUUGAAGAUGCAAAACGAGUGCGGCGGCCGCGCCCUCUUCCAGGAUGUGCAGAAGCUGUCCCAAAAUGAGGGGGGGAAUCCCUCGGAGCUGGAAGCCACCAGGGUCCCCGAGAAGAACCUGUCCCUGCGCUCUGGGGCUGCAUGCCUGGGUUCUGCCAGCGCAGACCCCCAGCUCCCUGACUUCCCGGAGAGCCACUUCCUGAAGGAGGAGGUGAAACUCAACAAGAAGAUGGGCAACCGCCUGACUCAGCCCCAGGUUGGGCUGGGCGAGUAGCUCUUCGAAAGGCUCACCCUCAAGCGCCACUAG